AUGCUGGGCCUCAGCUUCGACGGCAUGGACGAAGACGACGAGGGCCACGGGGCCUUCCCCCACGGCCUCACCUCCGCCAGCAGCGCCCUGCAGGGGCUGCUCAGGAAGCUUGGCGCCGGCCUGGACGACAUGCUGCCGUCGUCCGCGCUCUCCGCCGCAGCCGCUGCUGCCUCCUCGUCGUCCAUGUCUGGUCCGAACGGCGCGCGGAUGAAGAGCAUGCUCGCGGGUCUCCGUGCCGACGGCGAGGAGGGGCGCCAGGUGGAGGCGCUCACGCAGCUCUGCGAGAUGCUGUCCAUCGGCACCGAGGACACCCUCGCCGGGUUCUCUGUGGACUCGUUCGUGCCUGUUCUGGUCGGGCUGCUCAACCAUGAGAGCAACCCCGACAUCAUGCUGCUCGCCGCGCGGGCCCUGACCCACCUCUGUGACGUGCUUCCGUCGUCCUGCUCUGCCGUUGUGCACUAUGGCGCCGUCGCAUGCUUCUGCGCCCGGCUUCUCACCAUUGAAUAUAUGGACCUUGCGGAGCAGUCCUUACAAGCACUCAAGAAGAUAUCCCAGGAGCAUCCAACUGCCUGCUUGAGGGCUGGCGCGCUAAUGGCAGUGCUAUCAUAUCUUGACUUCUUCUCCACCGGUGUUCAAAGAGUUGCGUUAUCUACAGCUGCCAAUAUGUGUAGGAAGCUUCCUUCAGACGCCUCAGAUUUUGUAAUGGAAGCGGUUCCACUGCUAACAAAUCUUCUGAACUACCAUGAUGCAAAAGUGCUGGAACAUGCUUCUGUUUGCCUGACUCGUAUAGCAGAAUCGUUUGCUUCAUCCCCAGAGAAAUUGGAUCAAUUGUGCAAUUAUGGAUUGGUUGCACAAGCUGCUAGCUUAAUAGCUGUUAGCAACUCAGCGGGACAAGCAUCACUGAGUACAUUAACAUAUACAGGAGUAAUUCGUGUUCUGUCAAUAUGUGCAAGUGGAUCUCCAUUGGCAGCUAAAACACUCCUCCUCCAUGGAAUCAGCGGCACACUUAAAGAUAUCCUUUCAUGUUCUGGUUUGGUUGCUGGUACAACUGUAUCCCCCACUAGGCCAGCUGAUCAGAUGUAUGAAAUUGUGAACCUUGCGGACGAAUUGCUUCCUCCUCUACCUGCUGGAACCAUUUCUUUACCAGCGCAUUCCCAUGUUUUUAUGAAAGGCUCUUCUGUAAAGAAACCUGGUUCUAGCAAGCAAGGCGAGUCUGCUUCAACAGAUAUUAAAGUCUCGGGUCGGGAGAAGUUAUUGCGUGAUCAGCCUGAACUUCUCCAGCAAUUUGGCAUGGACAUAUUACCUACCAUGACACAGGUGUAUGGCUCCAGUGUAAAUGGACCAAUACGUCAUAAAUGCUUAUCUGUCAUUGCUAAAUUAAUGUAUUACAGCUCAGCGGAAAUGAUCGAAAUUCUCCAUGGCACAACAAACAUAUCCAGCUUCUUAGCUGGCAUCUUAGCUUGGAAAGAUCCACAUGUGUUGGUUCCCGCUCUCCAGAUAGCUGAAAUUCUGAUGGAAAAGCUCCCUGGGACAUUUUCGAAGAUGUUUGUGAGGGAAGGUGUUGUUCAUGCUGUAGAAUCGCUUAUAUGCCAGGAAAUCUCAAGUCCAAUGCUUUUUCAAGUACCACAGCAGGACAAGGAUAUUGAUUCUGGUACAUGUACAUCUUCACGUUCAAGACGCAGCCGCCGGCGCAGCAGUGCUGGGAAUACUGAUAAUAAUUCCUUGGAUGAACCAAAGGGUUCCCAUACUACUAUUGCCAAUUCACCACCAAGCACGCUAGAAGGUCCAAAUACUAGAAUUCGUGCUUCAGUUAGUGAUCGUGCGAAGUCAUUCAAAGAUAAGUACUUCCCCUCUGAACCCGGCUCAAGUGAUAUUGCAGUUACUGAUGACCUUUUGAAGCUACGGGCACUCUGUGCAAAAUUGAAUGCCACUGCGGACACUGUUAAAACAAAAGCCAAAGGGAAAUCAAAGUCACUGGGAGGUGAUGAUUUUGAUAUCUUAUGCAAUGUCGAGGAACAGUUAGACGACAUCAUAGACAAAAUAUUGUCUGAGCUUAGCAAUGGGGAUGGGGUUUCCACGUUUGAGUUUAUUGGGAGUGGAGUUAUCUCAGCAUUGCUUAAUUAUUUGUCUUGUGGAACCUUUGGAAAGGAAAAGGUGUCCGAAGCAAACCUACCCAAGUUGCGUCACCUGGCACUCAGGCGAUAUAAAGCAUUUAUAUAUGUUGCCCUUCCAAAUGAUGCGGUAGGGAAUCAAACUCCAAUGGCAUUCUUAGUUCAAAAACUGCAAAGCGCGUUGUCUUCGCUGGAACGGUUCCCAGUUGUGAUUAGCCAUUCUGGAAGGACGUCCAGUUUGGGAGGAUCUCGUCCAUCCUCUGGAUUAAGUGCUCUAUCUCAGCCCCUGAAGUUGCGCCUGUGUCGAGCAGCGGGUGAAAAAACGCUUAAGGAUUAUUCAUCCAAUAUAGUUCUUAUUGAUCCCUUGGCAAGUUUAGCAGCCGUUGAAGAUUUCCUUUGGCCUAGAAUCCAGCGUAGUGAGUCAAUAUCUUAUCCUGCAGUAUCAUCUGGAAAGAAUUCUGAAUCUGUGGCACCUAGUGCAACAGCACCAGUGGCUUCGUCAACUCAAUCUGUCCGGCGGCCCUCAACUAGGUCGAAAUCAUUGGCUGAUGCUGAUUCUGCAACUAAGAAGGAUAUUCAGGAGGGGAGCGGAAACACAUCCAAGGGAAAAGGCAAAGCUGUUGUUAAGUCGAUGUCCGAUGAACCAAAAGGACCACAUACUAGGACUGCAGCACGCAGGAAAGUUGCUUCACAGAAAGAUGCAGAAGUGAAGCCACCACACGGUCACAGUAGCUCAGAGGACGAAGAACUGGGCGCAUCUCCCUUUGAGGCUGAUGAUGCUUUGAUGCUUGGUGAUGACGAUGAUGAUGUUUCAGAUGAUGAAGAUGAUGACCAUGAGGUUCUACGUGGGUCUCUUCCUGACUGUGUUCCAGAGAGUGUGCAUGAUGUAAAACUGGCAGAUGCUGAUGGGUCUAGUAUUGCCUCAAUAGCAAGUGAUAACCAGACACAACCCUCAUCUGGCUCCAGCGUAAAACAUACUUUUAGUAGCAGGGGAGCAGGUUCUGUUGAACUUAGAAAUCCAAGCACACUUGGUUCGCGGGGCGCGAUGUCGUUUGCUGCAGCUGCCAUGGCUGGGCUUGCUUCUGUUGGUAGUCGUGGUAUCAGAGGUAGCCAGGAUAGGCGUGGCCUUCCACUUGGAACUAGUGCACAUGAACAUUCGAACAAAUUGAUUUUUACAGCUGGCGGCAAGCAGCUUAGCAAGCAUUUGACUGUAUAUCAAGCUAUGCAACAGCAAGUAGUUCAUGAUGAGGAUGAUGAGGAAAGGCUAGGUGGUUCUGAUUUACCCAAUGAUGGAAGCCGUCUCUGGAGUGAUAUGUUCACUAUAACAUAUCAAAAGGCUGAUAACGAAGUGGAUAGGGAAUCAACCAGAGGUUCAUCUUUAGUGCUGAAAUCGUCCAAAUCAGAACUUUGCAGAGCUACAUCUCAAGAACAAUGUACUUCUCUUCUUGAUAGCAUUUUGCAAGGAGAACUUCCUUGUGAUAUUGAGAAAUCGACCCAAACUUAUAAUAUUUUAGCACUAUUGCGUGUAUUGGAGGGAUUGAAUCAGCUAUCUCCUCGUCUGAGACUACAGGCAACCUGUGAUGAUUUUAUAGAGGGAAAAGUUGGUACCCUGGAUGGGUUAUAUGGCACCGGAGCUAAGGUACCCUCAGAGGAGUUUAUCAGCAGUAAGUUGACACCAAAGCUUGCUCGGCAAAUUCAGGAUGUUCUUGCACUCUGCAGUGGUAGUUUACCUUCUUGGUGUUAUCAGAUGACCAAAGCUUGUCCAUUUCUGUUUCCUUUUGAAACAAGAAGACAACACUUCUACUCCACAGCUUUUGGGUUAUCUAGGGCAUUGAAUCGUCUUCAGCAACAACAGGGUGAUAAUAAUAGCUCAGCGACUGAAAGAGAAGUCCGGAUUGGUAGAUUGCAACGCCAGAAAGUUCGUGUUUCUCGUAACCGGAUCCUGGAUUCUGCUGCCAAAGUAAUGGAGAUGUUCUCCAAUCAGAAGGCUGUUCUUGAAGUUGAAUACUUUGGUGAAGUGGGAACUGGACUUGGUCCAACUUUGGAGUUCUACACCCUCUUAAGUCAUGACCUGCAAAGGGUUGGCUUGGGAUUAUGGAGAUCUGAUUCUGAUUCUUUAGAAGCUAAAAAACUUGAUUCACAUUCACCUGCUGAUAGCAGGAACUUGAUACAUGCACCUCUUGGCUUGUUCCCUCGGCCUUGGCCACCUAGUACUGCUUCUUCAGAGGGUAGUAAAUUCUUCAAAGUUGUUGAGUAUUUCCGCUUAGUUGGUCGAAUCAUGGCAAAAGCAUUGCAAGAUGGAAGGCUUCUUGAUUUGCCUUUGUCAACAGCAUUUUAUAAGCUUCUACUUGGACAAGAACUUGAUUUGUACGACAUACUAUCUUUUGAUGCUGAGUUUGGUAAAAUACUUCAAGAGUUGCAAGUUCUUGUUGAACGCAAGCGAUUUCUGGAGUCCUGCUCUAAUCAUAGUCAACAAAUAGAAGAAUUGGGCUUUCGUGGUGCUCCUAUUCAAGACCUAUGCUUAGAUUUUACUCUUCCGGGCUAUCCGGAUUUUGUUCUGAAGGAAGGUGAAGAAAAUACAGUGGUCUGCAUUUACAACUUAGAAGAGUACAUUUCGCUGGUAGUGGAUGCUACACUUAAGACUGGAAUAAUGCGUCAAGUAGAAGCAUUCAAAGCUGGAUUUAAUCAGGUAUUUGAUAUAUCAUCACUCCAAAUAUUUUCUCCUCAAGAGCUUGACUAUCUCAUUUGUGGUCGACGGGAACUUUGGGAGCCGGAGACACUGGUCGAACAUAUAAAGUUUGAUCAUGGUUAUACCUCGAAGAGUCCAGCAAUUGUCAAUCUACUUGAGAUCAUGACGGAAUUUACUCCGGAGCAACAACAUGCAUUCUGCCAGUUUGUGACUGGUGCUCCUCGGCUUCCACCUGGUGGCUUAGCCUCCCUAAAUCCUAAGCUGACUAUAGUUAGGAACACUCUUCGACUGCGGCGAAUACUUCAAAUGCAGCUGGAGCAGCAGAGUCUGCAGAUGAUGAUCUGCCUAGUGUCAUGA